AUGUGGCGAGCAGUCUCUAAUGUGCUUCCUACCUGUCUUCAGCUCAUCUCUAAGGGGGUAAGUGUCUCUUUUAUGUACCCUGUAUGCAAUCAUGCUGUUGAAUCUGCUUCGCAUAUAUUACUCAGAUGUCCCUUUGCAAUCAGUUGCUGGCAAAAGGCUGAUAUUGUUACCCAUGCUAACUUUGUUGGAACCAUUGGACACUUUCUUCAUGAUGUGUUCCAUGGCUUUGAUGAAGACAUCUCUUGUCAUGUUGUGAUGUUAUGUUGGUCGAUUUGGAAGGUAAGAAAUUCUUUAGUUUGGGACAAGAAAGCUUCUUCCCCUUCUCAUGUUGUCUCUUCAGCGUGGACUACUCUUGAUCACUGGUUAAAUGCUCAAGAUAAAACAAGUUUGUUAUCCUCUUCUUUGAUAGGAGAUGGAAACAACUUUGAGCACUGGACUAAACCUGCUUAUAAUACGAUCAAGAUCAACGUUGACGGGGCAAUCUUUGAGAAAGACAAUGCAUAUGGGUUCGGUAUUGUAGCUUGUGAUUCAGAAGGCAGGAUCAUUGACUUUGUGGCCAAGUACUAUCAUGGCUCGUUCUCGGCUGAGGCUGUUGAGGCCUUGGGGGUCAAGGAAGCACUUAGUUAG